AUGCUUACGGAAUGGAAUAUCUCAAAUGACCAAGUGCAUUGCAUGAUUCGAGACGAAGGCUCCAAUAUGAAAAGAGCGAUGCGAUUGGCAAAAUUCCAAGACUUGGAUUGUGCAGUUAAGAUGCAACUUGCUAUUCUUGCUUGCUAUUGCUUUAAGUUGUUUAAACUCACAAGAAAAUAUGAAGGCGAGAUUGACCCUAUUUUACCAGAAGAGUGGAAAAUCAUAGAAUGUUGUGUUGAGCUGUUGAAACCGUUCGAAGAAGCCACACGUGAACUUAGCAGCUCUCAGACUCUUAUUUCAUCAGUGAUUUCAAUAAUUCGAAUGCUGACGCAAAAAGUUAAUGACUAUUUGACAGCUUCACCGGAAUCUCGAAUUCACCAUGCAGCCACAACUUUAAAAGCUGAAAAGAGGCUGACCGAUUUGGGCCAAGGAAAAUUUUCCACUUUGUUGGAAGAGGAUAACUUAUAUGUCAUAGCCACUUACCUAGAUCCUCGCUAUAAGAACAAAUUUUUCACAUCAGUAACUGAGGAAAAGAUCAAAGAUGAUAUAUUGAAGAUAAGCAGAAACACCAAAGACAUCUUGGCUUCUCAAACAAUAUCUCCAACUUCUCCAAGUACCAAAAGAACGAAGAAAAUGAAAAUGAGAGAUUCUAUGGAAACAGAUACGGAACGAUCAGGGACCUCAGGUACAGGACGUCAGUCCUGUUUAAUUAGUGAUCUUGCCAUGAUGCUCGAUUCAUCAAGUGACGAUGAGAGUCAGGAAACUCCAGAAAUUGUUAGCCCUGACGCAAUUCUCAAGAAAGAGUUACUUACUUUCCGCAAUAAGAAGCGAAUUAAUUUAAAUGAGAGUCCUCUUAAAUGUAGUUUAGCAAGUGAAUACGGUGUAGGCCGAUUUACAAUUUAUGACAUUAAAAAAAAUCACCAGAAGAUUAAACAGUUCGUGUCAACUACUGACUGUGCGCCAGGCAAGAGACAGACACUCAAGAAAGCUGAACAUCCAGAAGUGGAAGAAGCUUUAUACAUGUGGUUUCUUCAGGAAAGAAAUAGGCAUGCGCCUAUUUCGGUACGACUGAACAACAUAAUCUAUGCAGAUUUAAAACGUCAAAAAUUCUCUGUAAUGAUUGACGAAAGUACUGAUAUAGCAGCAAUUAAGACGAUGUGCGUUGUUGUCAGAUACUUUUGCCCAGGUAAAGGUCUAAUUGUCAGUAGAUUUUGGGACCUAAUCCAAAUUUAUGGAAAUGAGAACACUGAUCAUGUAAUGGCUGCGGUUUCACUAUUGGACCCCGAUAAUUGCGUCGAUACUAGCAAACGCCCAGAAUCUCUCCAACGUAUAUUUGAGCUAUUGCCACGACUGGUACCAAAAUGUUUAAAUGAACAGCAACAAAUCGAUGACCAAUGGAGAAAAUUACCCAGCCUGAUAAAUAAAGCUGAUAGUAGUCAAGCACCUGAUGUGUUUUGGAACCAGAUACUGCUAAAAGAAGAUUAUUUAAAGUUAGCAAAUUUUAUGCUCGAAAUUCUAUCUCUGCCCAAUUCUAACGCGGAAUGUGAAAGAAAAUUGAGCGAAAUUAAUGACAUUAAAACAAAAAAGAGAAAUAGAUUAAUCACAAAUACCAUCAAGGGUGUCAUAUUAGCGCGCCAGUCCAUUUUAAGAAAUUCUGCUAAUUGUAUAAACUAUAACCCAAAUGAAAAAAUGAUGAAGACUUUUACGGACAAAAUAUAUAAAAAUGAACCCUUAAGUGACAGUGAUACAGAUAUUGAUUGA